GCCCCUCACCGUUCACCGAGUCUUCUGAGUUACUAGGCAGAUGUAAGCUACCCUGUUGAUCUGCAGGCGAGCCAAGUGCCUUACCUCUACCCGGUUACAGCUGCCUGCAACUUUUAAUUAUCUUAUUCCUCUGACGGGAGAGAAUACACUGUAACCGGGUUGUCCCAGGUUCUUUGAAUCCGGACUCUUUGCAGCAAAUUUAUUGAUGGAAUCUCUAAAAAUGCUAUGCUGCCUAUUCCCUUUAUUGCUAGGGUCUGUAGGGGUGUUUGGUCACCCAGAGCCGGUGCGAGGAAUCUAUCCUUUCGGCCACUCUGAACACUCAGCUCGCAAGAACUGUAAGCCGAUCCCAGCCACCCUGACCUUAUGCCAUGGUAUCGAGUACCCCAAUAUGCGGCUGCCUAACCUCUUAGGGCACGAAGCAAUGAAAGAGGUUCUGCAGCAGGCCUCCUCCUGGAUCCCACUGGUGCAGAAACGCUGCCACCCCGACACCAAGAAGUUCCUGUGCUCUCUCUUCGCCCCCGUGUGUAUCGAGGAGCUAGACGAGACGAUCCAACCGUGCCGGACCCUGUGCGAGCAGGUGCGUGAGGGCUGCGAACCGGUCAUGUCAGCUUUCGGCUUUCCCUGGCCCGAUAUGCUCGAGUGCAGCCGCUUCCAGCCGGAUAACGACCUGUGCAUCCCCCCAGCUGACAGCAAUAGCUUCUCCAACUACUCGGACACCAGCACCACCAGGCCAGCACCUAAAGUCUGUGAUGCAUGCAAAAAUAAAGGGGAAGAUGACAACGAGAUUGUGGAAAACCUUUGCAAAAAUGAUUUUGCCCUGAAAAUAAAAGUGAAGGAGAUUUCCUACAUCAAUGGGGACACCAAGAUCAUUCCUGAUUCAAAGAGCAAAACCAUCUACAAGCUGAAUGGCAUGACAGACAGGGAUCUGAAGAGGACAGUACUCUGGCUCAAAGAUGGCCUGCAGUGUACCUGUGACGAGAUGAAUGAUAUUCAAGCCCCCUAUUUAGUGAUGGGACAAAGGCUCGGUGGGAACCUGGUCAUCACCUCCUUGAAGAGAUGGCAGAAAGGGCAGGGAGAGUUUAAAAGGAUCUCACGCAGUGUUCGGAAAAUGCAGUGCUAGUCACCCAUUAAGGCCGCGGCUCUGCUGACAGGGAAUGGCCUUUCGUGCUCCUCUGACCAAAUACAAGGAGAUCAGUGAUUCACAGACCACAUAGUUUAAAAAAAAAGUUAAUACAAUAGCUUUCAAUGAAUUACUUAUUUAACCCUGGAUUGCUGAAAAGGUGUGCUUUUAACUCAGAUGAGCAUCGUUAAAUGUUGUUUUUCAUAUUGACUGACUGUCCACAUUCUUUACAUCAGCUUUGCUCAUUGUAUAAUGCUAAGAUGCUUUCUAUUUACAUUUUGUAAACCUGUGUAGCCGAAUGUAAAGAAACAGUUGAGAUAAUAGCUGGCUAUUACCUCAACAAAUCUUAGGCACAGCAUAAAGUAUACUGCGUGUGGUUUAGUAAUCAUUAGUACACUUCUGACACUGUGCGAAGAUGUUACUGAUCUGCAGAUAUAUAGACAGCACUGCAGCUGGUAAUGAUAGUGUUGCUGUCCUCAGAAGCCUAAGAAAGUCAGUGCCUGAACAGAAGGGAGUCCAUAAUAUUCUCUGUCAAGUGGCACAGCUCACUUCACUUUCUUUGUACUAGCACAUUAAAGUACUAUUUUAAAAUAUUUUUAAAUACAGUAUGCAUUUUCGUUUUAUGCUACCAUCUUUACAUGUCUCUUGUUUCUACUAUGUAAUUUAUAAAAUGUAGUAUUCAUAGAAUCACUCCAAAGUGUCUUUUAUGCUGAACAAAGUUUGCAAAACAUUUAUUUUUCCAAUGAUUAUCUGCAAACUUACCUAAACAACAAGCAGCCUUAUUGUAAAAUAUGUGGCAAUUUACCCAAAAGUUGUAAAAUAUUGCUGUACCCAUCUUUGUAAAUAUUUCAGAUAAACAUUAUAUUCUUGUACAUAAAAGUUUUUUCUUCUCUAAA